AAUCAUAAUAUUUUCCCUUCCCGCACAUACCUAAUCUUACUUUUCUUGGGUUUAACAAUUUAAAGAGAUCAUUUUACUAUUUUGUUUUUUUACCAAUUUACAUAUAAUAACAAUAUUGUAAUUCAUUUAAAAGGAAUCAAUUCAAAGAACCAAGGAAGAUCAGCAGUGGAGUUUUUAAUACCUUAAUAACCAGAAUCAGUACUCGGUAACAAUCAAAGAAAAUGACUAAUAUUAUCAAGAUAAUGGAGAAAUCGGUAAAACAUUGGUACUUGAGGUAUUUAUUAGUUACAGAGCUGUACAUGGUGGAGCCCUGGGAGAAAGCUGUUAUACAGAUUGUAUUCGCAAUACUAUUUCUACUCUGCUGGUACUUCAACUAUUCAAUUGUCAUGAGUGGGAUCUCACAUCUAAGAGGAAUGGUGGUGACUGCAGAUUAGUUUUAAAAUUAUAUGUAUUAUAUUUUAAUGUGCUAACUUUCAUAUAGUGUUUCUACCAAAUGAAAAUUAUGCAUUAGAUUUUUUUUCAUAAGUCACAACUGCCAGUUGAAUGAAGCAUUGAUAAAUUAAUCUUUUAUUAAAUAUUAUAUACUAAGUGACAAAGUAUCAUGACCUGUUUCAAACCUCUUUGCUAUCAUAAAGACACAGUAAGAUAACCAUCAUGUGCCUCAUGUAAAAAAACUUGCAUUUAUUGUAUUUUCAAGUAAUAAUCCAAUUAAACAUGUAUUUAAUAUUUUUUGUUAUUUUCUCUUGAAGGCUGUGGUAUCAGUCAUGUUUAUAAUAAUUAUACAUUUUAUAGGUAUGGCCGUCAGUAUUGAAGUGAAAGAUAUGGUUAUUUCCUUUUUGUAAAUAAACAAUAAUAUAUAUUUUUUUAAA